GCUGCCACAGAUUUGAAGGUGUAUCCACUUAUUUCUCUUUCCACAUAUGAGACACAAGCUCCUCCGGCGCAACCGAUUCAUGUUGAUCUGAAGGACAGAUCCUAUUCAUGUGUAGGAUUAGAUAGCGAGUCUGUCAGAGAGGAUUUCUGUGCUCAUGGAUUGCCUUGACGGAUCCGCUGGGCAGUUCAGGAACUUCAAGAAGGACGACUUUGAGGCUGACUGGAUUAAGGUGGCAGAAUGCAGAUUUGGUCAGCUGCACCAGGUCAAGCUCAAGGCCCAGCAGAAAAGAUGUGCGUUGAAGAGCUUUGACAAAACCUUGUGCGCAAACAACCUUUACAGGAGAAUAAUAGACGAGGCGCCCAACAUAGCCACAUUAAAAUCCAAGUACAUUGUGUCUAUCUAUGGACUGUGCAGUGAGGCGACUGCUGUGGUGAUGGAGUACAUGAGUAAUGGAUCGCUGAACGAUCUCCUAGCCAGUCACAUUUUGAUGUGGCCGAAAAAGUUCCAGAUGAUUCAUGAGGCAUCGAUGGGAAUGAAUUUCCUUCACAGCUUGAAACCUCCACUACUUCAUCUUAACCUCAAGACAUCCAACAUCCUACUAGAUGAUUGUCUCCAUGUCAAGAUUUCAGAUUUUGGUGUAAUCGACUGGCAAGAGAGCAUGUGCAAGACGUUGUUGAUGGAGCAUCUGACAGCAAGAGGAAACAUAAAUUACACUCCUCCAGAGGCUUUCACUCAGUGCCCCGAUCUUCCAGGAACUACCUUUGAUGUUUACAGCUUUGGAAUCGUGAUGUGGGAGAUUCUGACUCAACAGAAACCAUAUGCAGGGAGCAGUAUGACCACAGUACUCUUACAGGUGUCACACGGUAAGAGACCCUGUGUGGAGAAGAUGCCCGAACAGAAGCCCCAGGAGUGUGAACAGAUGAUCGGCAUCAUGAGGCAGUGCUGGAACCAGGACCACUGGAAGAGGCCUGAGUUCUCAGACACUGUGAGGAAAAUGGAGGCUCUAAGCAAAGUCCUGAAGAUCCCAGGACCAAACCAAAUCAAAAACGGGGACGAGGGACAGAAAUCAGAUUAUCCGUGGCUGGUUUCCCCGAUACAUAAAAUUGCUUUGCCUGAGGUGCCUGACCUUCCCUUAGGAAAACACAAAGAUGACCAUCCUGGAAGCGACAGCAUUCUCUCACUGCUGUACAAAAAGGACUUUGAUAGUUUCAGACAUUCGGUGAAAAGAGACCAUGUACGCAUACAGUUUCCGAGUAAAAACAGCCUCCUCCACUACACGGUAGCCAGCGGGGAUGCAGAGAGUGUCGAGCAUGUCCUGAGACUGGGUGCUGAAGUCAACUGUACGACUGCCAGAGGCUACACUCCUCUGUUUGUUGCUGUUAUGCACAGUCUUCAUGAUAUCAUCUUAUUGUUGCUGGAACAUGGUGCAGCUACCACCCAAGAAGAUGAGGACCUGUGGACAGCUCUCCACUUCGCUGCUCAGAGCGGCGAUGACAGGACUGUCCGUCUACUGUUGGACAAAGGAGCUGUGGCGGAAGCUCGGGAAAAGAACGGUUGGAUGCCGCUCCACCUGGCCUGCCAGAAUGGACAUGAAACAGUGGUGCGCCUGCUGCUAUCACGGAUGUCGGAAGAAGUAGUCGGAGAACGGGAAGCAAAAGGGAGGACGCCGCUCCAUAUAGCCUCCGCCUACGGGCAUCUGAGUAUUGCCAAGCUCCUCCUCUCUCAGGGAGCAGAUCCCAACGCGACCGACUGCUCUCUCUCCACUGCUCUUCAUAUUUCAGCUGAGAAAGGCCACAACCGAGUAGUCAGACAAUUGAUGCAGAGUAAGGUGAACAUUGACAGUGCAAACAGCAGAGGAUACACUCCACUUCACCUGGCCGCUCUGAAGGCCCAUACAGGCAUAUGUAGGCAGCUGUUGACAAAAGGAGCCAGCCCCAACUGCAGAACCCUCCAAGGGUGGACACCCAUGCACCUGGCCGCCCUAAGGGGACAUGAAGCCACAGUAGUCCAGCUGGAGAGUCAGGGCAGUUGUGUGAAUGCUGGUGGUGAGAAUGGAUGGACCCCACUCCACCUCGCAUGCCACCAAGGCGAACCAGAAGUGGUGGCAAAGCUCCUGGCAGCUAAAGCCGAUCCAAACAUGUCAGAGGACAGUAAAGGGUGGACGCCACUGCAUGUAGCUUGCGCCAGUGCUAGUUACCCAAGUGUCCUCCACUUAAUAUCACAUCAUGCAGAUGUUAAUGCUGUAAACUCAGGAAAGGUGACACCUUUACACCUGGCUGCCCAGCAUGGCUGCAUAUCUAUUGUAAAGGCUCUGCUGCUGAAUGGAGCAGACAGGACUCUGCUGGACUCUUCUGGAUCCACAGCUCUGAAUGUGGCCCAGAGGUGUGAAAAAUUGGAAAUAGUGCAACGACUGGAGAAGUUGUCGUGAAAACAAUAUGAGUGUGAGGAUCACAACGAAAACAUCGAUGCCACAGCUGGAAUAUUAUCCUCCAUUUGACUGGGGCUUUUAUUAAACAACUUUAAAGGAACAGUCUGUAAGUAUCAAAAAAGUACAAAUUAAUAGCAUUAGUAACGUUGGAGCUUAUCAACACCCCAAUCUUUAUGAAUUUAGCAUCGUGGCACGUUUAAAACCAAGUUUCGGAAGCUCAUCUCCACCUCAAACUUGAACGGCUGUCGCUAGAGCCAGUGUUAGAUUAGCCUGUUCUGGGUUACUGUGGAAACACGGCGGUGCUACAUGGCAGACUCCGUGGAAGAGUAUAUCAAUAUAAAUGGCUUUUUCUUAGCCAAAUAAAACACCACAAGUCUUAGUUUCAGGUCAUCAUGCACAAAUGAAAACAUAGUUUUGCAUAUUAUAUUAAAUUUCUGCCAAUUAAUUCCCCUAAAUGUAACAGAAUACAGGUUAAGAUUUAAGAUAUAGAUACACAAAGUUGUAGAGUCAUUGCAGAGUAAGAUGGAUAAUUUUUAUGAUACAUUUUAAACAAAAAUUUAAAUGUAUUUGUUUCACUAUUAUAAUGGAAAUGUGAGGGAGCCGAUACAAGGGGUCAGGAUCAGGUGAAGUACCCUACAAUGACCAAACACAUAUUGAUUUCCUUCUUUGACUCACCUUACUUGCUUAUGCUUUCCUGGUGAAUGCAAUUAUGGCUGCUGCCUGCUGUCUUGUGAAAAGGAAUAUAUAAAAGAGUUGCUGUUAUUAUGAUUUACAGAGGCAUUCAUUUGAUUAAAUCUGUCAGACUUUAUGAUGGUGUUAUCUGUCAUGAUACUGGAGUAGUGGAUCACUGUUACUGGCAUUACUUGGAUGUGUCUAUUGAACUCUAAUAUGUAUGCUUUAUGACAAAGCAAGGUAACUCUGAUUAUCAGCCAUUUCCAGGCUUAGGGCAGCACUGCCCAGUUUAUGCCAUACUCAUUUACACAGUGACACCUUAUUAAAUUGAAAUGAAAUGGAGGGAAUCAGGAGCUGUAUUGACCUGCACCUUCAAAGGGUUUUCACUGGAACCACAAGAGACUGACUCUGGAGGGUGAGCAGAAUCAAAUUACUGUAAAUAGACAGAGCAGAGUUAAGUUGGACUCAGAUUGAUCUUGGAUUUGUUUUCUUUUUUUUCCGUUGCUACAUAAGU